AUGGUUGUCUAUGAAGCUCCUCAUUUGAAAAUUAAAGAAGGCGUCAUCCAUCCAGUCGUUUGUGUUGUCGGAGACCCUCAACGUGCCGAGCUGAUUGCCACCAAGUACUGCGAUCAUUUCGAUGAGCUAGCUUUCAACAGAGAGUAUCGUUCAUACAAUGUCACAUAUGGAGGAGCCGAGCUGUCCAUAUGUUCCCAUGGUAUUGGUGGUCCCGGUGCUGCUAUCUGUUUCGAAGAGUUAAUCAAGUGUGGUGCGAAGAUCAUUAUCCGUCUUGGUACAUGUGGAUCCUUAAAACCGGAAAAUAUCAAUCAAGGAGAUCUAAUUGUCCCAACAGCAGCAUGUCGUGAAGAUGGUGUAACUCAGGCUCUGGUCCCAGAUGGUUUUCCCGCUGUUGCUGACCCAGUACUCUGUAUUGCUAUCAGGGAUACUGCCAAGGCUCUAGGGUACAAGAAUACCCAUUUCGGUAUAUCAUUGAGUUUAGCUGCCUUCUACCCGAGUUCAGCUGCCGAUAGUACUCUAUUGAAGAAUGCAGCUGCUGGUGCGAUUGCAGUAGAGAUGGAGAAUGCUCCUCUAUUUGUCGUCGCUAGUUUGAGAGGUAUUAGAGCUGCUGCGGUGGCAACAGUAGACGGAUCACCCUUGAAGUGGGAUGAUGGUGAUUAUGAUCCUCACGGUGAAGUUGUAAGGGAGGGUAAGGAAAGGAUGAUUAAGGUCGGUUUGGAGGCUGCUAAACGUAUUGUUCUCGAGAACCUCUAA